CAAAACAGUCAGAAUGUUCCGAGAUGCGCGCUAGCAGUGUGUUAUUGGACCAGGUUUUUCAUGCACACACGGCCACAAUAGCAAUAAAUACAGCGGUGUAUCUAGAAAACGUGAGCACUGAUACUUCAUUGAUAUUGUAUUUUGAAUUCGUCGCACAUGCACGAAAAAUUCGGCCUGAACAACUGAUGUUAAUGCUCGCAAGAUCUCAAUGUGAAAUGGACAACGUGAUGUAGAUAUGUGUGUUUAAAUGUAUGAGGAGCUUGUGUAAAUUAUUAUAAACAUGAAGGACUUUCAUAGCAAAUUAUGUAUGUUAUUAUUAGAAGAAUAUUUUGGAUCUAUUGUACAAAGUAUAAGAAAUAGUUUGUUAUAUGGCACAAAAACAUUAAAUGUUAUACGGAUUGAUACACGUCUACCAUUAAUGAAGGUAAAAGAAGGAUUGUGUGUCCUUAUAAAAUAUGGUUUUGUCACUUAUCAACAUGGUGAUAAAGAUGCUCAAUAUAUCCUAAAUACUGAGAAAAUUAUUACGCUUCUUCGUUAUCCAAGAUAUAUGCUAUUCGCAAAAACUUACUGUGAAGAUGAAGGUGAAAUCAUGUUAGAAGAAGUAUUAAAACAUGGAUAUAUCACAGCAUCUGAAGUCAUAAUAAAAACAUAUAAACGAAUUGAGGAGACACCUUCUAAAUGUGCUGAACAACUUUCUAUCUCAAAUUUGAAAAACAAAUUUGAGUUAUUAGUGAAAAAUCAAUUUUUAAUGCGUAGCAUAUCUUUCAAUACAAUGACAGAAAAUACUGAAAAACCCAAUUAUAACUUACCACAACUUGAUUUGAAAGCCAUUUCUAACAUGUUGCAAGGACAAAAUGCCAAUCCUGGAGAUAAUGGACUGUACUGGAAGGUCAAUUUUGACCGAUUUACACAAGAUUUUAGGGAUAAAAUUGUUAUAUCAGCCAUGACGGAAAGAUUUGACAUGAAUGCUGGAGAAUUAAUGAGACAGUUAAUCAAUUUGAUGUAUUUGCGUACUGCACCUUGGGCAGCUACAUCAAAUCCAAUACCAUUUACUGAAAUAAAAGAAGAAACGAAAAAAUUGAAUUAUUCAGAGCUUGAACAGUAUCUUGACCAAUACCUGCGACUUAUAGAAGAAGACAGUAGCCAAUUUAUUAAACGAGUUGGUGAUUCUGGUGGAGGGCAAUACAGUAUUAAUAUGAAAAAUGCAUUUGAACAGUUGGUAUGGACAACCAUAGAAAGUAUCGUAACAGAAAGAUUUGGUUCCAAGGCUGCAAGAAUUUUCAGAUUAGUGCGCAUUGAAAAAAAUGUUAACCUAGACCAAAUUCAGCAAUUAGCAAUGAUUCCAGCAAAAGAAGCUAAAUGCAUAACAUAUAUUUUGGCACAAGAGAAUUAUAUACAGAUGCAAGAGAUAAAAAAGAUUGGAACUUUGACAGCACCAACAAAAGGACUUUUCCAUUUUUACAUUGAUCUGACUAAAACUGUCCAAAUGGAAAUUGAGCAUUGUUGUCAAGCAUUAUAUAACAUUAUAAAAAGGCGAGAGAAUGAACUAACCAAUAAUAAACGUAUGAUAGAAAAACAAUUAAGAGUACAGAUACUCUCUACUAACAUGAAGGAACAUGGUGCUACAGAACAACAACUGGCUGAUAUUGCAGAAAUGAUGACGCCAUCUGAAACUCAACAGCUUGAGAAAGCACAAAAUGCGAUCAAGAAACUGAAUGUCACAGAGUUACAAAUAGAUGAAACCUUGUUUUUAUUAACGAUGUAUCUUCGAUAUCAUUAAAUGAAAACUAUUUUGCUGUUUUAAUA